ACAAAUAAUCAAUGAAAAUUAUAUCUUAGGGGAUCGUUCGUUUCGUAUUAUGGUAACUUGUAAUGUAUCUACAAGUGACACGUGGUGUUCUUCGUCGUGAUGAACCCGCGUCUGGCGGCCGGAGCCUUCUGGCCUUCGUAUCUAUGCUUCUUCAAGCCUUCUCCUCCGCCACUAGCCAAUGCUGGAAUCUUCCGCUUCGACUUCGUCUUUCAAAGGAAGAAUAAGAGUGGACGGCUCCGUAGACCCUUCAACUUUUUCGUUAGCGCCCAACUUUCCAACUCCUUCUCCUUCAAUUUUGGACUCGACUCUUCGAACCCAAGUCCCUUCCAAUCCAAUGAUCAAACAACUUCGUCAUGGAUGGGUCCUGUCCCAGGUGAUAUUGCAGAAGUUGAGGCAUAUUGUAGGAUCUUCAGGAAUUCUGAAAGGCUUCAUUCUGCGUUAAUGGAUGCUUUAUGUAACCCUUUUACUGGGGAAUGUAGUGUCUCAUAUGAGGUUCCACCAGAUGAGAAACCUCAUCUUGAAGAUAAAAUAGUUUCUGUUCUUGGAUGUAUGGUAUCCCUUGUCAACAAAGGCAGGGAGGAUGUUAUUUCCGGAAGAUCCUCGAUCAUGAAUUAUUUUCGUGGUGGAGAUGUUAGUGCAAUGGACGAACCCCCACUUGCUGUUUUUAGGAGUGAGAUGAAAAGGUGUUGUGAAAGCUUGCAUGUUGCUCUUGAAAACUAUUUAAUACCUGGUGAUGAUAGAAUCUUAAAUGUUUGGAGAAAACUUCAGAGAUUAAAGAAUGUUUGCUACGAUCCUGGUUUUCCUCGUGAGGAGAGUUAUCCUUGUCAUACACUAUUUGCAAAUUGGACUCCUGUGUAUUUAUCUACUUCUGAAGGCAACACAGAGUCCAAAGACUCAGAUGCUGCUUUUUGGGCAGGUGGUCACGUAACAGAAGAGGGCCUGAAGUGGUUACUGGAUAGAGGUUAUAAGACUAUUAUAGAUCUCAGAGCAGAAACCGUGAAAGAUAACCUCUAUGAAUUGGCUGUCAAUGAAGCUAUUUCAUCUGGAAGAGUUGAUUUGGUAAAAAUCCCAGUUGAAGUUAGGACUGCUCCUACAAUGGAACAAGUUGUAAGAUUUGCAUCCUAUGUCUCAGAUUGCAGGAAAAGGCCUAUCUAUCUUCACAGCAAAGAAGGAGUUUGGAGAACAUCUGCCAUGGUUUCGCGAUGGAAGCAGUACAUGACUCGCUCUGCAUCACAGAUUAUUUCUAAUCAAUCAGUUGCUUCGAAUGACAUGUUACCAUUUUAUUCAAAUGGAUCUGAGAAACUGCAGGACUCUUUAAUGACUGCAGAGCAAUUGUCCAGGGGAAAAGAUAUCAAUUCAUUACAAGAGUAUUUGGGGGCAACACAUAGUUCUUUUGGAACAUUUGACAAAAGUGACUCUAGUUAUGAGAAAUCACAAGCUGGGGCUACAAGUGGAAGUACUCCUGAGAAUAAGAAAAUUUCAGAAUACAACGGGGACAUUGCGGACAGAUCUUUUCCAGGUUUCUUUGGCAAAAUAAAUCCUUUAGAAGCUCAAGUUCCUCCUUGUGAUGUCUUUUCGAGAAGGAAAAUGUCUGAAUUUUACAGAAGCAAGAAGGUAACACCUCCCUAUUACAUGAAUUAUCAGAUUGAAAGGUUGGAAUGCUUACCCGAAUCGGGGAACAAGCAUGUCGGAGGACUAUCUCGGGAUGUGGUUAACACCAAUGGUGAUAAUCCUGCUCCUAAAACUGUGGGUCCAGAAAGUUCCAACGGUUCAGCUCAUCUAGAUUAUCCAACUGGAGAGCCCCAGAAUACACUUGGUGACAACUGGAAGUUAGUUAAUGGGAGUACAUCUCAUUCUUCGAGGAAAACUGUGCAUGGAAUUAGUGAAGGAAAAAGGCAAUACAUGUCUAAUGCCAAUGUCUCUUCCAUUGCGAACAAUGACUUGGAUAAUGGAACAACCAACUCUCAAAGGAUUAAAGAUGGUGUGGUUAAGCCUGGGUCAGCAUCAGAUUAUGAAGACUUAGGAUCCAUCGAGGGAGAUAUGUGUGCGUCUUCGACAGGAGUUGUAAGACUGCAAUCAAGAAAGAAAGCAGAGAUGUUUCUUGUUCGAACAGAUGGGUUUUCUUGUACCAGGGAAAAAGUGACUGAAUCUUCUUUGGCCUUCUCUCAUCCUAGCACCCAACAACAGAUGCUUAUGUGGAAAUCAAUGCCAAAGACAGUGUUAUUGUUGAAAAAGCUGGGGGAAGAACUAAUGGAAGAAGCAAAAGACGUUGCUUCUUUCUUGUAUCACCAAGAGAAAAUGAAUGUUCUUGUCGAACCAGAUGUACAUGAUAUAUUUGCUAGAAUUCCAGGCUUUGGCUUUGUUCAGACAUUUUAUAAUCAGGAUACCAGUGAUCUACAUGAUCAAGUAGAUUUUGUGGCUUGCUUGGGUGGAGAUGGUGUCAUACUGCAUGCUUCAAAUCUGUUCGGAGGAGCUGUUCCCCCGAUUGUGUCCUUUAACCUUGGCUCCCUUGGCUUUCUGACUUCGCAUAGUUUCGAGGACUAUAAGCGCGACCUUCGACAAGUUAUCCAUGGAAAUAAUAUGCGGGACGGUGUAUACAUUACUCUUAGAAUGCGUCUGAGAUGUGAAAUUUUUCGUAAGGGUAAAGCAAUGCCAGGGAAGGUAUUUGAUAUUCUCAAUGAAGUUGUUGUCGACCGGGGUUCAAAUCCAUAUCUUUCAAAGAUCGAAUGUUAUGAACAUAAUCGUCUUAUAACCAAAGUACAAGGUGAUGGAGUCAUUGUAGCCACUCCAACGGGAAGCACAGCUUAUUCUACAGCUGCUGGAGGUUCCAUGGUCCAUCCAAACGUUCCCUGCAUGCUGUUUACCCCGAUCUGUCCACACUCGCUCUCAUUUAGACCGGUUGUACUUCCAGAUUCUGCUCGACUUGAACUAAAGAUUCCAGAAGAUGCAAGAAGUAAUGCCUGGGUUUCAUUUGAUGGAAAGAGAAGGCAGCAACUUUCAAGGGGAGAUUCUGUCCGAAUAGCUAUGAGUGAGCAUCCGCUUCCAACUGUUAAUAAGUUUGACCAAACAGGUGAUUGGUUCAGCAGCCUCAUUCGGUGCCUGAACUGGAACGAAAGGCUCGAUCAGAAAGCCCUAUGAUGCGUGUGAAAGUCAAGAGCAGGCAAGCAUGUAAUUACUGUACAGAUUGUACAUUCAGAUUAUAGAACAUAAAUAUAGCAUAUACGUCCAGUUGCUUCCAUUGGCAUUCAUUGUUAAGGUAGGGUUUAGCCAAGGAUUUUUCACAUGUGAUAAUUGCUAGAUACUGGUGUAUACAUACACUUUAGAGAAAUGUGGUACAUUAAAUUGCUAAUCUUAUUAGGGGCUCUUUAUUCCAUCUACUUUUUGCUAUA